AUGAACAACAGGCGCUCUGUAACCCUCUGUGGUCUCUGGUCCCUCAGCCACAUUUCCCCUUGUGCUUAUUUGGUUCUCCCUGUUCAUGUUGCUUUCAUGCCGGAGUCUUGUUUACUGGCUAUCUGAUUUCCUUGCAAAUGUCAAGUUGGAAUUUGGGGCACAGCAGAGUGAAAAGCAUUUCUGGCUUCUGAAUUAGGAAUUUGAUUUUUGUUGGCUGAAGACAGUUUGCUUUGCGGCUGGCUGUCAUGAUCAUUGCUACAGCCCGGGACCUGGAGUGGGUCUCCCUUGCCCUGCUGAAGGGCAUGCUUCCUGCCCAGAGAGUAUCUGGUGUGGACCUGGAAGGCUUCUUCAGCCCUAUAAGGACUAAUGACAGGCUGGGGCAGGACACCAUGUGCUGAGGGACAAAUCUGGGAGGGAAGGGCAUCCUUGAAACUAGCCAGUGAAACCUAAUUUCAUCAUGUAGGUCCAGGAGAAUUCCCAAGGCAUUAGGUCAGCCUCUUCUGUUGUCCUCUGGAUACCUUGUGCCAGGGUCUAAGCUGGUCUUGGCAAUGUCACAGGGAGCCAGAUCUCCAUUGUGAGGCUGGGUCCCACCAGUGGACUCUGAACUCAGAAGAGUAAGAAAUAUUUCCCCUGGGCCUGGCCCAGGUAUCCCAGCCCAUGUGGUGGUAAAAUGACUCUUUGGUAGAUGUGGCAGGUGCAAGGUAGUGGGUGUCUGAGGAGGUUGCCGACUCAGCUCCAAACAGCCCCUUUUCCUGCCCUCGGUGGGCCAUGUUCCCAGACUGUAUUUUGGUUAGUGUGACAGAGCCCCAGAGUCAUCUGGCCUGGGCACAAGCUCUGUCCUUCCCCACCCACAAGAGAGAGCGCUCCCAUAAAAGGGCUGAGCGCUCUGCUCCCUUGCUGGGCGUGUGGAGAGCAAGGGGGGGACCAUGGACUUCAUCAGCAUUCAGCAGUUGGUAAGUGGAGAAAGAGCUGAUAGGAAAGUGUUGGAGUUUGGACAUAGAGUUCCCGAUCCUGGAGGCUGGCCUAGUGACUGGAGGCUCGGACCCCAAGAGGCCGUGGCCCGGGAGAAACUGAAGUUGGAGGAAGAGAAGAAAAAGAAACUGGAAAGAUUUAACAGCUCCAGACUGACUCUGGACAAUAUGAAAGACUUGGAAAACUUGCUUCAAAGACGAAGAGAAAAGCGACUGAGACACAAAGUCCCCCCCAGGGAACCUGAGCCUGUGGUUGAGCCGCAGCCCCAGGGCCCACUGGAGCCUGUGGACCUGGACACCUUCCUCAAGGCAGCUGUCAAGAAUCAGGAAGCCCUGAUUGACAAGUACCUGACGGAUGGAGGGGACCCCAACGCCCAUGACAAGCUCCACCGCACAGCCUUGCACUGGGCCUGUCUGAAGGGCCACAGACAGCUGGUGAACAAGCUGCUGGCGGCAGGGGCUGCUAUAGAGGCACGGGACUUGCUGGACAGGACGCCUGUAUUCUGGGCCUGCCGUGGAGGACACCUGGACAUUCUCAAGCUGCUGCUUAACCAGGGAGCUCAGGUCAAUGCACAGGACAAGAUCUGGAGCACCCCUCUCCAUGUAGCAGUGCGCACGGGCCACACUGACUGCCUGGAGCACCUCAUUGAGUGUGGCGCCCACAUCAAUGCACAGGAUAAGGAAGGGGACACAGCACUCCAUGAGGCUGUGCGCUAUGGGCACCACAAAGCUACAAAGCUGCUGCUGCUCUAUGGAGCCAAGUUGGGCAUGAAGAAUGUGGCCUCCCUGACACCAGUGCAGCUGGCACGAGACUGGCAGCGGGGUAUCCGGGAAGCACUACAGGCCCAUGUGGGGCACCCCCGUACCCGAUGCUGAUGACUUUGACCCGUGGGUCACUCCUUACUACCAUUCCACACCCACUUUUCCACCCACUUCUAAGUGGUUCUCUGCUCCAGUCCUGAUUCUCUCUGGCUUUGCUUCUUUCAGCCCGAGGCAACAGGUAGAACAGGCUCCCUGGGUUUCAGUGAGGGAGACUGUGUUCCCUGUCACGGCUGGAGCAGAACCAUAAGCAAGAAGUGGGUCCAGACAAGGGCCAAGGCCAGAGCAGGAAGUGAACAGACCGGCACUACCCACAGCUGGGCCUAGGCCUCUGUCUAUCAAUCCUAGGAUCGGAAGACUGGCCUUGGCCUGUUCAGUAGAGAUUCAGAUGUGGCCAGCAGCUGCAGGGUACAAGAGAAGAAACAGGCUACCUAAGUACCAGGCAUGGGUGGAGUUUCCCCAGGGACUCCACUCCUAUCAGCAGCAACCCUGAGAACUUGUGGAGUAGUUCUAGGCACCUCUCGUCCUCAGACUCCGGGGGUGGUUCUGGCAGGCUGAGGGGCAUGACUAGAGGAUCGCGGCCCCUCAGAUGUCAGUACCUACCAGGUUGCCCCAGAAGCUGGAGACCGGUGGACUGGAACUAGUGUGUACUCUGGGAAAGCUCCACCUCAGGGCUUCAAGCAGCUCUGCUUGUCUGCCAGGUGCUGGGGAGUGCUUGUGGCCCACUCAACUUUUGGGGCGGCGGCCCGCACCCCUAGCUUACCUAAGGCUCUAUUGCCCCCUGGUAAUGGAGGAAGCACCUGGACUAAGCUCUGUGCCCUGCACACUGAGUUGAGCACCUUGCUGUGGGACACAGUCACAGACCCUUGCAAACAGGUAGUGUAAUGAGGACUUCACACAGGCACACGCUCCUUCCCCUUCCAGCUGUUUCCAGUUCACCGGUGCAGACCUGUACUACUGGCAGGGCUGGCCCCUAAUAUGCCAGAAAGUUGAUGCUGGGCCCUCCACUGAGGCCACAGGUUGAACCAAGGGCUAAAAGGUGAAGGCUUUGCCUCCCUCACACAGCUCUGAGCUGACAUUCAUUUUUGCAAGUUAUUUUUAGUCUAAUUUUGGCAGCCUCUCUGCCCGUUACUAUGUGAAAGACUAGUGCACCUUCCUAAAGGCACAUACCUUUUUAUGGGCAGGCCUUGCCCUGUUGUGACAGCCAGUGGGCACCUAGACAACCUGUACCAUGGGCAACAGACAUUCAAGACUACUCAAUAUGACGACUCCUCAGAAAUGAGGACACUUAAAUGACACACAAAGCCACCUUUUUAUACAGAACAUUGUUUUCUCAUUAAACUGAUUAUCUACCACA